AUGAAAGGGGCUUUCAAAGACCAUCUCGUUGAUUGGGUAGCAAAGUACCUCAAGGCCAUGCACGGGACCAAAUGGUCAGAGGAGAUCAUGAGCAACAUAGAUCGCAGAGUUGCUGCUGUACCAUCAUUCUCUGGUCUACAAUAUUUCCCUCAAGGCCACGAUUUUAAACAGUGGACUGGCGAUGAUUCCAAAGCACUCAUGAAAGUGUUUCUUCUGGCUAUUGAAGGUCAUGUACCUCAAGACAUGCACUCAAUGGUUCAUUAUGUUGACAUGAUCAGACUCUUUGGUGCCCCUAACAGACUGUGCUCAUCAAUCACAGAAUCAAAGCACAUCAAGGCCAUAAAGGAGCCUUGGUGGUGGUCGAACAGGCACAAUGCUCUUGGUCAGAUGCUUGUGACCAAUCAGUGCCUUGAUAAGCUCGCAGGGUCCCAUGCAGACUUUGAUCUGCUCUUGUCAUAUACAAUGGCAGAUGAAAACGAACCAGACGCCCCUGCUAUUGCACCGCAACCAGAUGCCCCCGUCAUUGAACCACAACAAGCAGAUGAUACUGAUGAUGCUGAAAUAGUUGAUGGUCCAACAGUGCUCGCUUAUGUGGCACUCGCCAAAACUCCUUAUGCUGAAGGGAUGCGAGGACUCGAAGUUGUGAGAGUCAUAUGCUUCUUUUCAUUCAAGCACAACUGGGAAGUAUAUCCUUGCACUCUCAUACAGUGGUUUGAGAAGAUUGGUGACUGCCCUGAUGAAGAUACUGGCAUGUGGAUGGUCGCUCCAAGUUUUCAUGAGGACGGCUCAAGGAACCUUGCUGUCAUUCACAUCGAGACAGUCUUCUGUGCAGCACACUUGAUAGCUAUCUAUGGUUCAGAGUACAUUCCUCACUCCCUCAAUUUUUAUCAUUCUCUUGACACUUUCGGCUCAUUUUAUGUCAACAAAUACGCUGACCACCACACAUUCAAGAUAGCAUCCUGA